UCUUAAAAAGGGAAUAAAUUCCAAAUGAAAACUCUUACCUUUACCUUUGUUUAUCAUCUUUUCUUUGGCAAGGCGCCCCCUAGUUUGGUUCUUGCCAUUGCUCAUCAGCAAAUUUUGAAUAUUAAAGGAACGAAUUGAGGUGACAAUCAGAUUCUCAAAGAACCCUUCACUUUCGGAUUACAACUUGAAAUAGCUGCAGUGCCCAUUGGACCCCAUGAAGGAAUAAACACGAAGAACCAAUUUCCCAGAUCGUUUUCAUCGAUUCCAUUUCCUCCCUCAAUAUGCAGAACUUGAAAUUCCCACCAUUUCCUCUGGUUUCUGUUCUUCCUGCGUGAGACCCACUUACCGAGAAGCUAGUUCUCUCCAUUUUCGUCUUCAACCCUCGUCCGAAUGCCGCGAAGCGCCGUUUCUCUCGAACCCACAGUCCCUUGCUUCACUGGACUUCCGUCUCGUCCAGGAUUUCACCGGAGUUUUGGGCUUCAUCAGCCAAUUUUCCCGCCACUUCCUCGAAGUCCCACUCAGUUUUUCCUUUGCUGCAAAAAGCUUGAAAUAUCGGAGCCUAAGCAUUUCGCGAGCUCCUCGUCGUCGUCGUCGCUCAGGUAUGGAAAUGAGUGUGUACCCGUUUCUAAAUUCAGGAGUGCGAAUGCGAAGGAUAUAGAUGUUGCUACUCUUGGAAAUCUUUGCGUCGAUAUUGUGCUCAACGUUCCUAGUUUACCUCCAGAAAAUGAUGAUGAACGCAAGGCGUAUAUGGAACAGUUAUCGGCUUCGCCGCCUGAUAAGCGUUACUGGGAAGCUGGUGGCAACUGCAAUAUGGCAAUAGCGGCUGCCAGAUUGGGACUUCGUUGUGCUACAAUUGGUCAUGUGGGAAAUGAAAUCUAUGGCCAAUUUCUUCUUGAUGUACUUCACGAUGAAGGAAUUUCUACUGUUGGAAUGAGUGAUGCUAGUUAUGGAGUUAGUUCGAAGGCCUCUUACGAGACUCUUCUGUGUUGGGUUCUGGUGGAUCCUUUACAAAGACAUGGUUUUUGCAGUCGAGCUGAUUUCAGUAAGGAGCCUGCUUUCAGCUGGAUUAAUGAACUAUCUGGAGAAGUUAAAAUGACUGUUAGACGGUCAAAGGUCCUGUUUUGCAAUGGUUAUGGCUUUGAUGAGCUUUCCCCUAAUUUAAUUGUUUCAAUUGUAAACUAUGCAUUGGAGGUUGGAACAUCAAUCUUUUUUGAUCCUGGACCACGUGGAAAGAGUUUAUCUGUUGGUACUCCUGAUGAAAGAAGUGCUUUAGGCCAUAUCUUGAGGAUGAGUGAUGCUAUACUUCUAACCUCUGAUGAGGCUGAGUCCCUGACGGGCAUAAAAGAUCCAGUAUUAGCAGGGAAUGAGUUGCUAAAGAAAGGUGUGCGUACAAAGUGGGUUAUCGUCAAAAUGGGUUCGAGAGGUUCGAUUUUGAUAACUAGGACGAGUAUCUCUUGUGCACCUGCUUUCAAGGUGAACGUUGUUGAUACUGUUGGAUGUGGAGAUAGCUUUGUGGCAGCAAUUGCCUACGGUUAUAUACACAAUUUGCCAACCGUCGACGCAUUGACAAUUGCGAAUGCUGUGGGUGCCGCUACAGCCAUGGGUUGUGGUGCUGGUAGGAGUGUUGCAACCUUGGAGAAAGUAUGGGAACUUAUGAUGAAAGCAAAUAUCAGAGAAGAUGGCGACUUUUGGGACGAACUGUUGAGUGAAAAUUUGGAUACUCAAGAGAUUACAUUAAUGUCAAAAUCGGACAUCGAUAGAGACAAUAGAUCGAUAAAUUACGCUUCGCUGCAAAAGGUGGUGUCUAGAUUGCUACCUAUGCUUGAACAUGCACAGUAUGAAGGAAAAGUGACAUCUUAGAAUUACAAUGGGAGAGAGUUUCUUGAGCACUGACAUUGAUUUAAUUAGUAAUUAUUCAUUAUAUGUUGAAGUUUAGUUGCAAUUACUGUAAGAUGAAAGGCCAAAAAACAAGUUUUGUAACAAUGAUCAUAAUGCAAUUGGUUCAUAGAAGUUUGUUGAGUCUUCUUCUCUUGAAGCAGAGCACUGGUGUGGGAUUAACAGGGAGGGGGUAAUUUUUGGCUUCAACAAUCUGUUUUUCGGCUUAAGAAAAUGUAAGUCGUUUUUCUUUU